GGCGAAUCAUAAGCGAGUCGAGUGGGGUCUGCGAACAAACAGACCGGUUUUAUAUAUUUAUAUGAGCUCUUGGACUUCGGCUAACACAAAUAGAUAGAUAUAGAAAACAUUUGUGAUUAGUCAAAAGAUUAGACUCUAAAUAUGUCACCCAAUGCGGAGCUGGAGGCCUGGCGCAUUUCGGGCAUAUCCCGCACAUAUCCCAGCUAUCGCAGAAAUUGGCCCAUCACUGAUGAGAGCUGGCUGGAGGGCAAACACCGAGACGACGAGGCCGAGGGUCUGUGGCGCAUCAAUGAUAAGCUCUACGACUUGACGGACUUCGCGCAACGGCAUCCGGGCGGCGCGUUCUGGAUCGGGCGCACCAAGGGCACCGAUAUAACCGAACCCUUUGAAUCACAUCACAUCGAGGAGCAUGCCGAGCGGAUGCUCAGCAAAUUUGAAGUGCGCCCAGCCUCGAAGCCGCGAAAUUAUAAGUUUACGCUGGAGCAGAAUGGCUUCUACUUGACCCUAAAGAGGCGAGUGCGAGCGAAGCUGCGAGCGCUUAAUUAUCGACCCAGCUAUAAGACAGAUCUACUUCACAGCGGCAUCCUGAUCUCAGUCUUCCUCUUCAGCUGGGCCGGCACAGUCCUGGACUCCUUGGUAUUGCGUGCCCUUGCGGGUCUGGCGCUCUGCUGGUUAUCCACCUCGGCGCACAAUUACUUCCAUCAGCGUGACAAUUGGCGCAUGUAUAGCUUUAAUCUAAUACUGCUCAACUUUAAUGGCUGGCGCAUAUCGCACGCUCUUUCCCAUCAUGUUUAUCCGAACUCGCUGCAUGAUCUGGAAAUGUCGUUCUUUGAACCCUUCCUCUGCUGGAUACCCAGCAGGCACUAUGCGAGCCGGCACCAGCGUCUGAUCUCCGUGCUGAUAUCACCUUUUAUAUAUACGGUCAUAAGUCUAGUGCAGUUAACACAACGUCUGGUCUACUCCCUGGUCAAAUCGAAUGUUCUGUACUGGCACGAUCUUUUGGGCUUUACCUUGCCUGCCUUUCUGUAUAUCUCGACAAGUGUGGGUCUUGGCUCCGCGAUCACUAGUUGGUUUAUUAUUUUGGGCCUGGCCAGUUUUCUGUUCGGCUUCAUCGGCCUGACCGCAGCUCAUCAUGAUCCUCGCAUUUAUCACGACGGCGACGCCACGCGCUCUGAUCGCGAUUGGGGUCUCUAUCAGCUGGAUACGAUCAUCGAUCGUGGCGACAUCAAGUGGUCCGAUCUGCUGGUGCUCACCCAUUUUGGUGAGCAUGCACUGCAUCAUUUGUUCCCCACACUGGAUCAUGGUGUGCUGAAGCAGCUCUAUCCGGAGCUGCGGCAGACCUUGCGCGAGUUCAAGUCUGAGCUGCGCGAAAUUAACCACUGGGGUCACAUCAGGGGUCAGACCCAGCAGCUGUUGCGUAUGGAAACGAAUCCAAUUCCACCGGGCAGCAAAAAAUUGAAAUAGUUUAAGUGCUGAUAUAAUUGUCGUGGUGAAUGGGUGAGCUUUGAUAUGGCCACCAAAUAAAUGUAUAAACUUCUGUGUAACUAGACGAGUAAGUAAAAAUUGUGUUUCCGACAAUUAUAAGAGAGUAUUAUUCUCUUGAUUAGCUGGAAAAAUGGGCAUGAUAAUAAAACUUUUUUUAAUAUA